AUGGUUGGAACGAUCCAUGCAUACGAGAGAGUGAGAGACCUAAAUACCAGGACAAUUAGAGAGUUCAUUGAUUUGAUUGAAGACUAUUCUGAAGACCGUACAAUAACGUUUCUACGUAAAGCAGGCCAUAGGAUAGAUGGAUAUAUAACCCAGCAAAUUGGUCCUUAUCCAGGAGAGCCAGACCUUCUUCUGCAAAAUAUAUAA